AUGAGGGUCCUGUUGAAGCUGAUCCUGGUUCUGUGUUACGUCCAGAGGGGCGAGGGCCACUCUCUGCCAUCGUUGAUUGAUCACAAACAAGAAACAGCAUCUUCUUCACACAACGGGGAUGAAUCUGCUGAAGCUUUUGCACUCGGAGCAUCUGGACUCGUAGCAUCUGAACUUGGAGCUUCUGGGCUCGGAGCAUCCGAACUUGGAGCUUCUGGACUCGGAGCCUCUGGACUCUUAGCCUCUGAUCCCUCCCCCGCUCCCCUCGUCCCGGCCCGGUCUCGCCGCUCCGCCGUGGCCUCAUCGUGCGGCCUGCGCUCCGUACUGCUUCAGGUCCGGCACCUGGGCCUCGGCUACGACUCGGACGAGACGGUCCUCUUCAAGUACUGCAGCGGGACGUGCCCUCACGCUCGCAACAACCACGACCUGACGCUCAGCAACCUGCUGCAGAGCGGCGUGCUGCCCGGAGACGUGAGGGAGCACCACCACGCGCCCUGCUGCCGGCCCACGCUGCACGAGGACAUCGCCUUCCUCGAUAACUCCCACCGCUGGCACAAGGUGGAGAAGCUGUCGGCCGCCGGCUGCAGCUGCGUGGGCUGAGCGUGGGUCAUUUAAACGGGGAAAAAGGGAUGUAUUGGGACAAUUUGUGAGGAUACGUUUGUAUCAUAGUGUAAUGAUGAGUUGUAAUCUAAAUGACAGCUGAAACCUGUUCUUGGGAGCUUAUUUAUGUCAAAAUGAAUGAGCUAACAUCUAAGCUAUUUUCCCUCUCACUUGCAGGUGAGACCUCAUGAAUCUUGGUUGGUCCUUUAAAGGUAUCCUAUCAUGCUAUUUGAUUAUUCAAACGAGGGGAAAGGGAUGCAUUGGGACCAUUUGUGAGGACACAUAAACAAAGUCUUUAUUGUGAAAUCAUGAGAUUAUCCACAGACCUCUUUGUGGAAAAUGUCUUGAAAUAACUAUUCUUUAACCCUAAGUUACAUCUCCUAUCAUGCUAUUUAGCGUGGGCGUAAAGCCAGUCCAUAUUUCCGAUAUUGCGUCAUAUCAGCAGCAAAUCUGGAUCAGCUCCGUUGUUCCCACGUUUGUUGAGAUUUGGGUACUGAGGAAAAGAGAGGGUUUUGUUUUCUGACACCGGGAACACAUAUUUAUAUAUAAAGGACAUCGAAAAGUGCAUUUUGCAUGAUAAGAGACCUUUAAACGGGGGAAGGGGAUGCAUUGGGACAAUUUGUGAGGAUACGUUUGUAUCAGUGUCUGUAAAUGAUGAGUUGUAAUCUAAAUGACAGCUGAAACCUGUUCUUGGGAGCUUAUUUAUGUCAAAAUGAAUGAGCAAACUUCUAAGCUAUUUCCCCUCUCACUUGCAGGUGAGUUCUCAUGAAUCCAGGGUUGUUGAUUUAAGUGUUUUGACUUCAGCUGGUGAUCUAACGGGCCUCAACGGGAUUAGAAGUUUACGACCGUUGGCGGUUGCAGGCUUUAAAGAAGUACUCCCAUAGCAGAAAAUAUGGCUCUUAUUUUAGUUCAUGGACAGUUUGCAGAGUGAAGGGAGUUUUUCUCAUCUGACGUUGGCAAUAAAUAUAAAAUAAGUUAUUAGAAAAGAGCCCGGCAAAUGCAAGCUGCCUUAUUACGAUACUAGUUUUCUGACAAAAAGGUGAAACUGAAACGAGACAUUAUUCAACUACAAGCUACUUGAUUGUUUUUGUAAAUAAGCUGUAUUUAUUUUAAUUCUUAAGUGCAAUUGUGGGGUUAUUAGACGAUGGAUUCAAUGUACGAAGCUGCGUACAAACGACACAGCUGAGUGAAGUUCUUUAAAAUUCAGACUGAUUCGUAAAAAAAAAUGUAUUUAUGUAAGAUAAGUUAUUUAUUU